AGAAGCACCCUCGCUGCCCUCCCCGACGCUUGAGAGUCUCUCUUUGUUUUGCCAUGGGGAAAGUGUUUAAUAACGAAUUGGUGUUGUUCGUGGAUGAUCGUUUCAUAAUGCGCCUACAAGUGAGGCCAAGUUUGACCUUUGCCUAGCCUUCCAACCUCAAUUCGAUCCGCAAAACGGGUAUUUCUUCUCCUCUCUCGAUCGUCUCAACUUCUCGCCACAAAAAGAAACUGAAUCACGACGAAAGCUGAGUGCUCAAGGCAGAUCGAGAAAACGAUAUCUUCGAAGCUGCGACAAUAUGUCCCCAUGUCCCCUUUGUUUGGCAUCCAAGUGAAACUGGUCAAUCUACAGUGUGCUUGUCAACCCCAUCAUGAACUACAACUUGAUCUCGCUGAUCGUGAUUUCCAGCUUUAGUGUGACGAAUGCCUUCUGUGCCGCUGCUCAGGAUGAAAAAGGCCCUCGGAACUCGUCUCAAGCCUGCUUGGAACAGGCCCGAUUUCCCAUUGAGAUGCUGCAAACACUUCAAGUGGAACCCAAUAUUUCCAACGACAUCGACAUGGAUCCCUGUAAAGCAGGCUCUUUCAUUGAAGACAUUGCUCAACCCACGCCGGAAUACGAAGAGGAUCGGAAAACUUUCUAUGAGCUGAGGCGCAAAAAGAUGAAAUCUCCGGCCUGGCCUUAUCCCAAGUCUGGAAAUGCGCGCCCAGCUCACCUCAACUUGACCCGUGAGCGGCGAGCGGCAACGGCUGUAUCCGAACGAAUUUGGGACCACGGGGUCAUUCCCUACGAGAUUGAGGAAGGCAAUUUCACUGGCAUGCACAAGGCCCUGUUCAAGAGGGCCAUGCGUCAUUGGGAGAACUUCACGUGCGUCCAAUUCGUGGAGAGGACCGAGGAACAUCCCAAUUGGAUUGUGUUCACGGAUCGGCCUUGUGGAUGUUGCUCGUUCGUUGGGAAACGAGGCAACGGGCCUCAAGCCAUUUCAAUCGGGAAGAAUUGCGACAAGUUUGGGAUCGUGGUCCACGAGUUGGGACAUGUGGUUGGAUUCUGGCAUGAGCAUACUAGACCCGACAGAGACGAAUGGGUGCAGAUCUACCGUGACAGCAUUAUGUCGGGCCAGGAAUACAACUUCAAUCAGUUGACAGAAAAAGAAGUCAAUUCCAUGGGGCACAAAUACGAUUACGACAGUAUCAUGCACUAUGCCAGGAACACGUUCUCCAAGGGAACCUAUUUGGAUACAAUUUUGCCUCGUGAUGAUUUGCCAGAAAACGCGGAAAAUCUUCCAGAGAUCGGUCAAAGAAUGCGUCUCAGUCUGGGUGACAUUGCUCAGACCAUGGAUCUCUACAGUUGUCCAAUUUGCGGACGAACGUAUUUGGACACCAAGCUUGUCUUUGGAUCGCCUCAAAAUCCCAGCUACACUGGAUCUCCUCGACAUCUUCAAAAGCCCUACCAGAUGGGUGAUCGCUGCGUGUGGAGAAUCAUCUCAACCCAUGGAGAGAACAUCGUGUUGAAUGUGACCUCUCUUGAUAUUCCACCUUCAAAUGGAUGUCAGACAAACUACUUGGAGAUUCGGGAUGGAUAUUGGAGCAGAUCGGAACUCCUUGCCAGGUUGUGUGGAAAUGUGAUCCCAACUGAACCCAUUGUGUCAAGCGGAUCCAGGUUAUUGUUGACUUACCAUACUUCCACAAACGCCUUGCCUCACAACGGCUUCACAAUCAGCUACGAGGCGGUUUGUGGUGGGGAUCUGAUCAUGGAUGAGGGAGAGUUGGAGUCCCCCUAUUACCCAGAGCACUACCAACCCAACAAGGAAUGUAUUUGGAAAAUCACCGUUCCCGAGGGAUUUCAAGUGGCCCUCAAGUUUCAAUCAUUUGAGAUUGAGCUGCAUGACACGUGCACUUAUGACUAUCUUGAGAUUCGGGAUGGAAACAAUGAGCACUCAACCUUGAUAGGCUCUUAUUGUGGCUACAAGAUGCCAGCUGACAUUCAGUCCACUUCAAACCAGUUGUACAUAAAAUUCUUCUCCGACAGCUCUGUUCAAAAAGCUGGUUUUGCGGCCAGCUUCAUGAAAGAAUAUGAUGAAUGCUCCUCACCGGACGCUCAUGGGUGUGAACAUGAUUGCAUCAAUACCCUGGGUGGGUUCACGUGCCAAUGCAAGAUUGGAUACGAGUUGCACUCGGAUGAAAAGCGAUGUGAAGAUACUUGUGGAGGAUUUAUCGAUAUGGCCAAUGGAACCAUAACCUCUCCAUCGUUCCCAGACCUGUAUCCGGCCAACAAGAAGUGCAUUUGGGAGAUUAUGGCCAAGCCCCAAUGGAGAAUCACGGUGAACUUCACGCAUUUCGAGAUUGAGGGCAAUAACGAGAACUGUGAAUAUGAUAGCUUGUCAUUGUCGUCCAAAAUGGGAGAUGGUGAGAUGAGGAAGCAUGGCCUCUUCUGUGGUUCUCGUCUUCCCCCUGUUAUCACCUCCGAAGGGAAUUUGCUUCGCUUGGAGUUCGUCUCGGACAACUCGGUCCAAAAGACCGGCUUUGGAGCGAUUUUCUUCACAGAUAAAGAUGAAUGUGCCACGGACAAUGGAGGAUGUCAACACAUUUGCCGGAACACCAUCGGAGCGUACUACUGCACCUGUCGACAAGGAUUUGUGCUUCACGAGAACAACCACGAUUGCAAGGAAGGGGGUUGCAAGCAUGAGGUGAUCAGCCACCAAAGUGGCGAGGAGAACCAGAUUGAGAGUCCCCACUAUCCGGACUACUAUCCACCCAAGAAGGAUUGCGUGUGGAUCUUUUCCACGACCCCAGGACACCGAAUCAAAUUGAUCUUCACUGACUUCGAAAUGGAGCCUCACCAGGAGUGCGCCUAUGACCACGUGGUCUUAUACGACGGUCACACCACGGAGGAUCACGAUUUGGGUCGCUUUUGUGGCAGCAAACUUCCCCAUCCAAUUGUGGCCACGCACUCAAAGAUGCUCUUGGUGUUCAAGUCCGAUGCCUCCGUACAACGCAAAGGAUUCAGGGCCAUCCACACAACCGUUUGUGGCGGCCAUCUGGAGGCCACGUCUAUGGUCCAAGAAAUCAAAUCUCAUGCCUUCUUCGGCGAUACAAACUAUGAGAACAAUGCUGAUUGUGAUUGGAUCAUUGAAGCUCCCCGAGGGAAAAACGUCCACCUGAGUUUCACCACGUUUGAAAUGGAGGAUGAACUGGAGUGUGGUUACGAUUUUGUGGAGGUGUUCUCUGGUUACGACGAUGCUGGUCCACCGUACGGAAGGUUCUGCGGUAAUCAAGUGCCUCCUGAAAUAGUCUCGGCCGAUGAGGCUUUGCUCCUUCGUUUCAAAUCUGACGACACCAUCAACUCCAAGGGAUUCUCUGCACUUUUUGUCAUUAUUGACACUAGCGAAAACUUUAAUUAUGAAGACUAUAAGGAGACCUCAUCAAUUUUGUAAUAGGACUCAAAUGUCGAUUCUUGGAUUGAUUUGUCAAUGUAAAGAUUUCUCGUUUAAGAUAGCUACAAAAUGUGAUUAAAAUCAUUUGGUUUCGAGUCGA